GAGCUGCUCCUACACCGUCCGUGACAUCACUUGAAGUCACAAAGGACUGGGCUCUGCUGCAGUGUGCUGUUCGAGGUGCGUCUCSUAAACCUGUUGUUCAGUGGCAGAACAGAGCUGGAGACAUUGUUCCUGCUGRAGAACCUCAGGUCUCUGAAAGAGGAGGCCGCUAUGACAUCAUCCUCCAAACGACUGUGAACAAGACCGACCUCUAUCGCUGUGUCUCCACACAGGAGGAGAUCAAACACCAGACUCAUGCUGAGACCCACGUUUAUAUCGGUGGAGCAGCUACAAAGCCGUACUUCAAAAUACUUGGUGAAACAAAGGAUGGAGUUCAGCUGCAGUGUGAGGUUCAAGGCGUUUUUCCAAAACCCAAAGUUUAUUGGCAGGACGGUGAUAAAAACCUUGUUCCUGCUGAAGAACCUCAGGUCUCUGAAAGAGGAGGCCGCUACGACAUCAUCCUCCAAACGACUGUGACCAAGACCGACCACUAUCGCUGUGUCUCCACACAGGAGGAGAUCCACCAUGAGAUUUACACUGAGACAUUUGUACCUGUUCAUGGUGAGUUUCUUUAUAUUCCUGCUUCUACAUCAUCCAUCAUCUACACCACUCAWCUUUUGAGAGUCGCAGGCUGGAGCCAAUCCCAGCUGACGUUGGGCGAGAGGCGUGGCUCACCUGUCAGUCAAACACAGAGCUGACAUACAGAGACAAACAACCAUCAACCGUUCAAACCCACGAGUGAUUUAGAUCCAGCAGUAAAACACAGCCUCAUGUCUUAAUGGGAGGAAGGUGGAGGAACCAGAGAGAACCCACUGACACAGGGGGAACAAACUGCUGACCAGUUCACAGGUUUGAACCCAGAACCUUGGGACUGUGAGGAGACCGUUCCAAACCGCUGAACCACCGUGCCGUCACUGAAACAUUUAGAACAUUUGAACYGUCCAUUUCWUUUUCUAAAUGUUUCCACACAUUGAACAGAAACUCAACAGUGACUAAGUUAACGUGGACGACAACAUUCAGACGUUGAGCUCAUUCACAAAAAGACGUUAUUGAGAUCAURGUGUUUACAUGAGUUGCUCAUAAAAUCAUUCAUUCAUAUGUUUUACAUUUGAACGAGCAGAGUCUGAUGAUGACGCCAUCGUGUCCCACGUUCCUCUGCUAGUUUGAAACCCCCAACCUGAGACAGUUCAACAUACGAUGCUACAGUUUGGAUCAUUUUCUGUGUUUUCAGUUUGAAUCUUGAAAAAGCUUUUUAUUUUUCCAUCUUGUUGAACUUAAGACUCAGGUCACGUGUCCUCAUCAGCUGGUCACUGUCGKACGUUGAUGUCAAGACGCUGUGAAAACUCCAACAGGACGUUAGAACGUGAUGAAGACGUGAACAUGUCUGAUAACGUGACUCAAGUCAGAAUACUUCACGUCUUCUUCUAAACUCGACUUUAUUCUGAGGAAGAUGAUCAGAGAACAUUGUSGACAUGGCAGCGUCUUAUUCAGACUCAUGUCUUGUUCUGUGACAUUUAGAAUAUCGGUGUCCAUGACAACAGUAAGUGAUGAGGACGUGUGUGUAAAGGGUCAAACGUCUCAGACUGAGUGGGAUCAGUUGAGUCUCUGAGACUAAACUUCAUCUACAGAGAGAAGAGGAAGAAACAAUGUGUUAGUGACCUGUGUGAAACUGGAGCAUCUUCAGAGYCUCUGUUCUCAUUCAGCUCGUAGCUGCAGGUUUGAAACAUGAAGCAUCUGUUGAAUGUUUGUAGGAAUUGUUGAAGCAGCAGAAGCUGACGAGAGAAUCUCUGUGGAAUCUGAACGGAUGAACUCAAAUUCAGGAAUCACGACUGUGUCUGUUGAUUCACAGCAAAAUCAAUGAUCUGGGACAUUUUGCUGAGAUCAGACACAGAUUCCACGUUGAUCUCUG